AGUAACCACGCGACUGUCUUCACAAUAACAAUAGAGGGCGCUUGUAUUAUUAUAUUCUUCCCGUAAUUUUAUUAAAUUUUAAACAGUGAUUUAUGACUGUGAGAAGUGUUAUGUGAUUAAGUUUUAUUUCUAUUGGUUUGAACGGCAAACAGCCUACAUGUCCAGUUCACCAGCGGCUUCGGUCCACACACGCAGCGCUGGAUACUACAGUAUUCGACGUCAAGUCGCCAAUCAAGUCCUGGGAAGAAGUGCCUGGACCUAAACCUUUGCCGCUGCUGGGUAACACGUGGAGAUUUGCCCCUUAUAUAGGUAAUUACUCCGUAGAGCACGUGGAUAAAGUAUGCUUAUCAUUACGCGAGCAGUACGGUAACUGUGUGAAGAUGGCCGGGCUACUGGGCAGACCUGAUAUGUUGUUCGUCUUCGAUGCUGGAGAAGUCGAGAGGGUGUUCCGGGGAGAAGACUCAGCACCACACAGACCAUCAAUGCCAUCUCUGAAUUACUAUAAGCACGUAUUAAGGAAGGAUUUCUUCCAUGCCGAGGAAAACUGUGCCGGUGUUAUAGCAGUUCACGGAGAUUCUUGGUCAGCAUUCAGAACAAAAGUAGCAAAGAUUGCGCUGAGUGUUGGUGCUGCAGCACAAUACACAGAACAGGUGGCGGAGGUUGCCGAUGGCUUUGUUGAUAGAAUACGCAAAAUAAGGAACGACGAUCUAGAAACACCCGACGAUUUCUUGAACGAAAUCCAUAAAUGGUCUUUGGAGUCUUUAAGUUUAAUAGCGUUAGACACGCGGCUGGGUUGCUUCGACUCGUGCGCAAGUUCCGAUAGUCAGAAACUUAUUGACGCGGUCAACACCUUCUUCCUUUGCGUCGGAGAGUUGGAGCUGCGCGCUCCAUGGUGGAGAAUCUAUCCAACGACCACGUUCAAGAGAUACGUGGCUGCCUUAGAUACCAUCCUCAGUGUAACUCUGAAAUAUGUGGAGAGAGCAUUGGAGGAAUUGAAGUGUGGCGGGAACAAGUCGUUACUGCAGGAACUGGUGGCGGCAACGGGGCCGCGUGUGGCUGCUGUCGCGGCCUUAGAUAUGUUCCUCGUCGGUAUUGAUACUACAUCGAACGCUGUGGCUUCUAUACUAUACCAACUAUCAUUGCGACCCGCUGUCCAAGAAAGAUUACAUGGUGAAAUUAUUAACGUUUUACAAGGUAGACCAAUGAAACCUGGAGAUGUGAAUCAGAUGCCUUAUCUGAGAGCCUGCGUGAAGGAAGUUCUGAGGAUGUUUCCGGUAGUGGUUGGCAACGGUAGGCAGUUGACCAGAGACACAGUGAUUUGUGGAUAUCAUAUUCCUAAAGGCACUCAGGUUAUAUUUCAACACUACGUGAUGAGUAAUAGCGAGGACAACUUCCCGUAUGCCCACGAGUUCCGCCCGGAGCGUUGGCUGGAGCGCGGCGUGGGCGGUGUGUCGGUGCAUCGUCGGUUCGCGUGUUUGCCCUUCGGCUUCGGAAGGCGCAUGUGUCUCGGCAGACGGUUUGCUGAACUAGAGAUCCAUACUGUGAUAUGCAAGAUGAUUCAAGCUUUCAAAAUGGAGUACCACCACGAAUUGUUAGAUUAUCAUAUCCAUCCUAUGUAUACGCCUAAUGGACCAAUCCGCUUGAAGUUGCUCGAGCGAUAAUUUAAUUUAUAUUUCCAUAGUUGAUAUUAUUUUAACAUAAUGUAACACGUAUUAUUUAGGUUUUCAAAUAUCGAUAUAUAAAGACAUAUUUUAAAAUGUAAAGAUAAAUCAUUGUAAAGUGAUUAGAUAAUAAAGCGAAUGUUCGUAGAUAUUAACCUACUGGAAGGCAAAGUUCCAAAUGAACGAACCACUUACAAAUUGCGGAUGUAUAAAAUAAAGAUCAGCGACGAGCCACGAUCAUCCUCUGUGCAUCAUCCCUGAAAGUCCUCAAAACUUCAUAAUUACAGAUCAUCCAGGCCUUCCUUUUGACGGAUCAAUCAGGGAUUAAAGUCACGCUAAGUGGUAGACUGUUGAUAUUACUCUAAGGUUUGAGCUACACCUGGCAGCACGUUAUCGCUUUUAUCCGUCGCCCUACCCCAUUAUGACAAGCUGAAGAACGUUUUGCUAGAGCGAGAUAGAUAGCGGGUUGCCUAACCCUUCAAAGAUUCCACAAAGUGCUAUCGUACACCCGCAUUAUGACCAUUGAAUUAGCGAAAGUUACUUGAAACUAGUUUCAUUGCAUUAACUUCGCUAGCAGUCUACUAUUGUAAUGCAUGCAUUUCUUUCACGACACUAAAGUACUAUCUUGCUAUGCGCAUAUUUUUGAUGAAACUACUUUCACGCAACUAAUCAGCUCAAUUUACAUGGCGAAAGCAUCGUCGACACUCUCUUUGCUUAGUAAAUCUUUAUCGUUGACGUGGCCAGUGUCUUGGAGACUGUAGAUGAACGCCGUUAGGAAAGUAAUCGCACAUGUGCCGAAAUUUUAUUCGUAAAUAUUUGAUUUUAUCGUAAUUUCAUGUAACUAUUUUCGUAGUAUGAAUUCGGUUUCAAACGAGAGAUACACGUGAGGAUCGUGUAUGGAGAGAUGAUGCUUGUCCCGCUGAGAAAACGGCAUGAGGAAUAAAGAUAGAAUAAAAAGAUUAGUACCUACUAUUUAGUAUAAUUCAAAAUGUCCUCCGCCGUCAAAGUUUUAGUGGCACUACCUACGUUCAUUUGUUACUCAUAACAUAUUUCAAAAUCUAGUAUCGAAGAUUAUUCAAAAGACCAGAAUUGUACGAGUGUUCUUUUGUGAUUUGUAUGCAUAAAGUGUUAAUUAUU